UAGGUAGAGCAACAACAACAAAAGGAGCACGGGCCUAUAGGAUAUUUUCACAUUUUUGAAAAACUCUGUUCUACUCAAAUCGUGGCGAAAUUAAUUUCCAUUUACAGGUAUAUAGAUAUAAAAUUAUUACGUAUUACCGUUAAGUUCAGAAAGGUUGAAUCCAAAAAUGUUCCCCUCUAAUGUCGACGAUCUUGCUGCUGCCCUCUUCUAUGGGGGCGUGCCUGAGGGGGUUCUCAACGAAAACGCUGGGAAGAGGAUGAAAAGAUUAAACACGUAUCAAACUAUUUCUGUGUCCUUAGAAAACUUGUACAAUGGAUGUACACUUCCAGUAAAUCUUACACGCUAUGUCUUAUGCACAAACUGCGCGGGACGUGGAACGCGGAAAAAAAAUAAGUCGAUGUUGCGAUGCAUGCGCUGCGGCGGCGCAGGGUCUAGGAUUGAGGUUCAACAGAUGGGCAUGAUGAUUCAGCAAGUUGAGGCAACUUGCAAUGUCUGCAAUGGAACCGGUACGCGCAUUGAUCCAGCUGCCUGCUGCCGUACUUGCCACGGAAACAAGGUUGUUGAAAUAAAGGACUCCAUCGUAGUUGAGAUUCAUCCAGGGACACGUCACGAGGAUUACAUAUAUUUACAAAAAAUGGGGAAUGAGUACCCAGGUUAUGCUUCUGCGGGUGACCUCAUCAUUCAGGUGUCGCAGGAGCCGCAUCCAUUUUUUGAGCGGUCUCAAAACGACUUGCAUAUGAAGCGCGAAAUCUCACUUGCAGAGGCUUUAUGUGGGACCAGGUUUAAAGUUGUUCAUUUGGACGGCCGGGAGCUCAUAGUUACGCGAAAGCGUGGGGAGAUUACCUAUCCAGGGGAACAAAAAUGUGUGCGUGGUGAGGGCAUGCCGAUUCGUGAUACUAGUAAGUUUGGCGAUCUGUAUAUUGAGUUUAUUGUGAACUAUCCUGAACAUAUUGAUGAUAAUCAGAUUAGACUCCUCAGUGCGGCUUUUACAGAGCCUGGGCGGCAUCCUGUGUGUGAACAAAAAAAUGGGGAAUCCAACGAUGUGGAGGAAUACUACGCUUCCCGCGAAGAUAUAGAGAUCCUGAAGAAAGAGAUUAGGCUCGAUGAAAUGAGUGAAGAAGACGAUGACGAAGGUGAUAUUGUGGGUUGUCAGACGCAAUGAUCACAACACCAGAAGAACUAUGUACCCAUUAUAUCGUUGUUUGAGAGUUCUUAGAGGGGUGCUUUAUCUUCAAUUUCUGUUUUCUUUGUUCUUUGGUUUCUAACCCAAUAAUCGAGGAAAGCACUCAUGUGUCUUUGGCCCAAUAAAGUGCAUUAUGAAGCUAUCUGGGAAGGGAGCUUAGUCCUUUCUCCUUUCUUGAAUUUUUCAUUCCAGCGACAAUGGUGGUGAGGCUGCCCACCUUGUUCUGUAGCAAAUCGAAAGGUUAUUGCUUUUUUGUUGUUUUAAUGCCUUUAAAGGAUCACUAAUACGUACUUUUUUAUAAUCAGCACCCUUCCAAAGAGUGCUCAGCUU